AUGGAAAACAUAAUGAAAUCGAUUAAAACUGAAAAGGCGGUCAAAGUUCACUGUUACAGCCAAACCUGUAAGGCAGUUAUUAGUUAUUUCUCUGUGCUGUCAGUCAUUGUUUUGAUUACGAUGGAAUUUCAGGAAUACCUGUUCUUUGUCAUGGAAUAUCUGAAUGGCGGAGAUCUAAUGCAUCACAUCCAGCAAGUGAAGAAAUUCGACGAGAAUCGAACUCGAUUCUAUGCCUGUGAGAUCAUCGUAGCCCUGCAGUUCCUGCACUCGAACAACAUCAUCUACCGAGAUCUGAAACUGGACAAUAUUCUCUUGGAUUCGGAAGGGCAUGUGAAAUUAGCCGAUUUUGGCAUGGCGAAGACGGAAAUGAAUCGCGAAAAUGGAAUGGCAUCGACUUUCUGUGGAACCCCCGACUACAUCAGCCCUGAGAUCAUCAAAGGACAACUGUACAACGAAGCCGUCGAUUUCUGGUCAUUCGGAGUCCUGAUGUACGAGAUGUUAGUUGGACAGUCACCAUUCCAUGGUGAAGGCGAAGACGAGUUGUUCGAUUCCAUUCUUAACGAACGACCAUACUUUCCGAAGACCAUCUCCAAAGAAGCAGCCAAGUGCUUGAGUGCUCUAUUCGAUCGUAAUCCGAACACACGACUGGGAAUGCCCGAGUGCCCGGACGGCCCCAUUAGGCAACAUUCCUUCUUCCGCGGUGUUGAUUGGAAGCGAUUUGAGACUCGACAAGUCCCUCCGCCAUUCAAGCCAAAUAUU